ACAGCAGCUAGUCCCUUGUGGAAUUUUACGAAGAAUCGGAAAUUUAUUUAUUGAUUUCGAAAAUAAUUUAAUUUAAUUUCUAUAAUUAUUUUAACGAAUUUAGUAUUAUUUUUAUUUAUUAUUAAAUCAUUUUGAGAAAAUAUGAAAUUUGCAAAGUAUUUAGUUGCCUUCUCCCGGUCCUACAUGAGUGGCCCACUGCCGCGUAUUGCGGAAAAAGAACUGACUAUACACGGAAUCCUUAGUAACAUGUCUGAAGCAAAGUUGCUUUCGGGGACGGAAAUUUCAAAGCAAAUUCGUGAGGAGCUGAAACAAGAUGUGACCACACUCAGUGCGAAGAUUCCGAAUUUCCGUCCUGGCUUGACUAUCGUUCAGGUCGGCGGACGUGAGGAUUCCAAUGUGUAUAUUCGUAUGAAAAUGAAAGCUGCAACGGAAAUUGGUAUUCGCGCUGAACAUUUGAAGUUACCGAAAUCUAUUACACAGAUUGAGUUGUUGGAGAAGAUUGACGAACUGAAUAAUUCUCCUGAUGUUCAUGGUAUUAUCGUUCAAAUGCCUUUAGACUGCUCAUCUGAUAUUAAUUCGGUGGCGGUCAUUAAUGCUGUUUCGCCAGACAAAGAUGUUGAUGGCUUGAAUACAAUCAACGAAGGUCGCGUAGCUAUUGGAGAUUUUUCUGGAUUUCUCCCUUGCACACCACAAGGUUGCAUUGAAUUGAUUAAAAGAACUGGAACAAAAAUUGCUGGGUCAAAAGCUGUUGUACUCGGAAGAAGCAAAAUUGUUGGAACCCCGGUUGCUGAACUGUUAAAAUGGGAACAUGCAACCGUAACAGUUUGUCACACCAGAACCAGAAGUUUACAUGAAGAAGUCAGAAAGGCUGAUAUUGUUGUAGCUGCAAUGGGGCAACCGGAAACAAUCCGAGGCAACUGGAUUAAACCUGGCGCCAUUGUCAUUGAUUGUGGUAUAAACGCCGUGCCUGAUCCAACGAAACCAACGGGCCAGAAACUUCUAGGCGAUGUUUGCUUUGACGAAGCUGCACAGGUUGCAUCCUUUAUAACGCCUGUCCCAGGUGGCGUCGGCCCCAUGACUGUUGCUAUGUUAAUGAGGAAUACCGUGCAGGCAGCCCAGCGAGCAGCCGAGCAUAUAUUGAGUAAAUAUUGGGACAUUAAACCUCUGCCGCUAAUUCCAAAAGAUCCUGUUCCAAGUGACAUUGUAAUAGCCCGUUCCCAAAAGCCCAAAGAUAUUUCCUCAUUAGCUGCGGAAAUUGGAUUACUUCGUAACGAAGUUUCACUAUAUGGAAAUACCAAAGCCAAAAUAGCACUCAGCGUUCAAAAUCGUCUUGCUCAAAGAAAGGAUGGAAAAUACGUAGUUGUAGUAGGAAUCACUCCAACACCUCUUGGUGAAGGCAAGAGCACAACUUCUGUUGGUUUAGUUCAAGCUCUAUGUGCCCACAAGAGACGCAAUUCAGUCGUUUGUCUGCGUCAACCUUCUCAAGGACCAACUUUCGGAAUAAAAGGCGGUGCUGCAGGCGGUGGCUACUCACAAGUCAUCCCCAUGGAAGAGUUUAAUUUGCAUUUAACUGGUGACAUUCAUGCAAUUACAGCUGCAAAUAAUUUAUUGGCUGCACAAUUGGAUACACGUAUUUUCCAUGAAGCUACGCAAACCGAUCAAGCAUUAUAUGAUCGUUUGGUACCACGUAUUCGUGGUGAACGUAAAUUUUCAAAGAUACAAUUGCGUCGACUUGAAAGACUUGGUAUUAAGAAAACUGAUCCUGAUAGUUUAACUCCUGAAGAGUUUGGACGAUUUGCUCGAUUGAAUAUUGACCCGAAUAGGAUAAUGAUGACGAGAGUGAUGGAUGUCAACGAUAGAUACCUUCGCUCGAUAACGAUCGGCCAAUCGCCAACUGAGAAAAAUAUCACACGACAGACGGAGUUCGCUAUCUCCGUUGCCAGCGAAAUUAUGGCAGUCUUAGCCCUAUCUAAAAAUCUUUCAGACAUGAAGACGCGUCUAGGCAAAAUGGUUGUGGCUUUUGACAAGGCUGGGAACCCGGUAACAGCUGACGAUUUAGGAAUGACUGGAGCUAUGAUGGUCCUUCUCAAGGACACCAUUGAGCCGACCCUCAUGCAGACACUUGAAGGAACUCCUGUGCUGGUACAUGCUGGACCAUUUGCAAACAUUGCCCAUGGUUGCUCAUCAAUAAUUGCUGAUGAUAUAGCAUUGAAGCUGGUGGGAGAAGAUGGUUUUGUUGUUACUGAAGCUGGAUUCGGUUCUGAUAUUGGAAUGGAGAAAUUCUUCGAUAUAAAAUGCCGUGCUUCAGGCCGGGUAGCCGAUGCUGUUGUACUAGUAGCAACUGUUCGUGCUUUGAAAAUGCAUGGUGGUGGCCCCGCCGUCGUCCCAGGUGCACCACUUAAGAAGGAAUAUACCGAAGAGAAUUUGGAACUUUUAGAGAAGGGAUUACCAAACUUGUUGAAGCAUAUUGAAAACGGAAAAAUAUUUGGGGUUCCCGUUGUUGUGUGCAUUAAUGCUCAUAGCAAAGAUACUGACGCUGAACAUGAACUUAUCCGCAAGGCUGCACUUGAAGCAGGAGCCUUUGAUGCAGUCAUUUCAAGAGGUUGGAAUUACGGAGGAUCUGGUGUGGUCGACGCUGCUGAAGCUGUCAUUCGUGCUGCUGAAUGCCCAAAGAACUUCAAAUUCCUUUACAACCCCAAGGCUCCUCUUGUUGAAAAAAUUGCAACAAUAUCAAGUCAAAUGUAUGGCGCUGGAGAAGUUGAACUAUCAGCGAAAGCACAGGAAGCAGUUGAUUUCUUGACUGCAAAAGGAUAUGGUGAUCUACCAAUAUGCAUGUCUAAAACGUCAGCUUCGUUGACUGGUGAUCCGAAUAUCAAAGGUGCACCGAAAGGUUUCAAGUUUUACGUUAAUGAUGUAUACUUGUCGGCUGGUGCUGGAUUUGUUGUGGUAAUGUGUGGAGCUAUCUCGAAAAUGCCUGGAUUGCCGACGAGACCGUGUAUUUAUGAUAUCGAUUUGAAUACUGAAACUGGCGAAAUUGAAGGAUUAUUCUGAUUUAAAAGAAUUACGUACUUUUUUAUACCACACAUUUUAUCUCAACAGCCGAAAAUAAAAAAAAGUUAUACGCAAA